GUGCUGAUAAACAUACGGCAUUGCAAACAUCCUGAAAGCAUAAUUUGUAAACACCGCUAUUUAGAGGUAUAAAACGUUUAUGAAGUCCGAAACAUCUUGCUGCACAAUUCACUCUCUUUCCCUAAAAACUUCUGGUGUUUCCCGCUCAUCAUGGAAUUUAGAAACGUCUUAAGCGUUUUGCUGGUCAGUAGCGUCGUCUUCUUAUUACUGGCAGUGGCAGAACGAGGAGUCGGCGCAGUGGAAGGCAGUGAAAUGACCUUAUCCCGCGCCAAGCGUGCCGGUGGAUUCGCCUGUCUGCCCAAAUCCUGUCAGCAGUAUGGAUGCAAAUCCGGCAACUGUGGCUACUGGUGUAAAGUGUGCGCCAUCGAGUCUAUUAUUGGAACGGGAUGCGUGCCCACGUCCUGUUUGGUCUCUGGAUGUAAUUCCGGAGACUGUCGAAAGUGGUGCAACAUGUGUGGUUACAGUUAAAACCCAGCUGAAGCUGUCCUCACAACUGUUAUGCAGACAGGACUGCACGAUGUAAAAAUUGGCUUUGCACAUAACUGCUUUUGCUGUGUAACCAAAAUUUAAUACUAACCAUAAGAUUAUUAUGAAAAGCUGUGCUGCUUGAUAUCAAGCUGCACAUACUGUACAUAAUUUAAAUGAUAUUGUAUGUGGUUUUAUCUAAUGUAAUUUCAUUCUAAAUUAGGUAUUUUAAAUCAAUUUUAAUAGCUUUUAAAAAGUUCAGACUCGUUGCUUCCAAGUUUUUUCGGAAAAACCAACAAUUUUGCAAACAGCACCAUUUUGUUAAAGCACCUAUCAAUCAAUCAAUGAAUCAAUGUGCGUGCACCUAUCAAUCUUGCUGUCUUGUGAUUAACUUUUUCUUGCAACCACUUCGAAGUUGCCCAACGUUUAGUGAAGUAAAUUUGCAUCGCUUAUUACAUUUGUACAUGCAGUAUUACCGUGUAUCCAUCUUGUGUAAUAUAAAACGCAGUUGUCCCACCGGUGUUUUGUUUGCAUUAACUUACAAUUACUUACUAUCCGAUUAUUUGUCUCUGGGG